ACAACGACAGGGUUAGAGGUGACAAGUUGAGAGGUCGUGUUUAGCAGAGCCAUAAGGCGGCUACAUUGUGCUGCAGUCAUAGAAAAGUAUGUAAAGACGAGCAUAGAACGCGGCGUUACCCCGUUUCCCUGGAUGAAUGCUCCUUAAUAAGACUUCAUAACUGUUCCAACAGACGUCGCCACUCGGUAACACAGUUGUUCAUAAGCCAUAGUAAUAAGCUCAUGCUAGCUAGCCGCUAGCUAGCCCUCUUGCUACGUUGCUAUGCCGCAACCAAGUGUUUGGACGCGUCGGAGCUAACGUUAACGUAACCGGCUCAUCUCAACUAGACUUCAGUUCGAAGACGAAAGGAAGAUGGCAGUGUCAGUGUAUGGCCUGUACUUUGUGGUGACCCUGUUUCUGGGCAGCUUCUUUGGAAGCGUCUUCAUGCUGGGUCCGUUUCUACCCCUCAUGCUGCUGUCUCCUGCUUGGUACCGGUACAUCACUGAUCGUAUUGUCGCUACCUGGCUCACUCUACCAGUGUCCUUGCUAGAGCUGGUAUUUGGGGUGAAGGUUGUAAUAACAGGCGAUGGCUUCAUUCCGGGGGAGCGCAGCGUGAUCGUCAUGAACCACCGCACCCGUCUGGACUGGAUGUUUCUUUGGUGUUGCCUGCUUAGAUACAGCUACCUCCGCCUAGAGAAGAUCUGCCUGAAGGCUGCACUCAAGGCUGUACCUGGCUUUGGUUGGGCAAUGCAGGUGGCUUGCUUCGUUUUCAUUCAGCGACGCUGGGAUACAGACAAGAAGCAUUUGGAGAACAUGCUGGACUACUUCUGUGAUAUCAGAGAGCCCCUGCAGCUGCUACUGUUCCCCGAGGGCACAGACCUCACUGAAAACACAAGAUCAAAGAGUGAUGCAUUUGCUGCUGAGAAUAGCUUGCCGAAAUUUGAGUAUGUACUUCAUCCUCGAACCACCGGAUUUACAUUUAUUGUGGAGAAACUACGAAAAGGAGACAACCUGGAUGCCGUCCACGACAUUACGGUGGCUUACCCCAAAAACAUCCCUCAGACAGAACGACACCUCAUCCUUGGGCUUUUCCCCCGUGAGAUCCACUUCCAUGUCCGCCGCUACCCAGUGGCGUCGCUUCCCUCCUCUUCCUCCGACCUCGAGGCUUGGUGUCGGGAGCGCUGGGCCGAGAAGGAGGCCCGUCUCCGUGAGUUCUACUCAAGCCAGCCCCGGGCCUUUGACAGGGAGGGUGUUGCGCGUGUGCCACCUUGCAAGUCGGAGCUGCGAGUGACUCUGAUUAAGGUCGCCUCACUGCUGUACUGGAGCAGCUUCAUCGCUCUGUGCUUCACAGGCCUGUGGCUGUGGGCGCCCUUCAGGCUUUACUUCCUGGUCACGGUUGGCGUGUACGUGGCGCAGCAGAAGCUAGUCGGAGGCCUGGAGCUGCUGGAGCUGGCCUGCCAUCGAUACUGGACGUCCACGACUACUAAUGUGAGGGAGAAGACUAAGGUGGUGGAUGGAAAGAUGAAGUGAGGGUACAAGGCUUACUGGAUGAUGGUGGCUCAAUCUUUGUUUAACAGGGACAACAGAGACUAUUGACCUGUUCUGUCCAGAGUGCUAGUGGAUCCCUUUGAGGGACCCAAUGUUCAAUGCCUUAGAGAGGGAGUUAUAAGCGCCUCCUGACAGUUGUGUUGUUUCCGUGGAGAGGAUUUAAUCUUCUGCUGAAGAACAAAAUAUGAAUGCUACAUACAUUUGUGUUGGGUCUAAGGAAUUCAUCACAGGUGACGUCUCUCUUGCCCAUCUGUCUCUCAUAUGAUCAUUUCUUAGUUUUAUUCGUUUUAUGUUGUUUGUUCAGAACCUCAGUGAGGACAUUUCUUUGAACAGUGCUGUUAGAAAAUGUGUUGUGCUGUUUUGGUUCUUUUAUCUAUGUCAUAGGUUAUGGAGCACAGCCAUAGUACAGACCACAUGCGCCUGUGAUGACAUGAUUCAAUAUCAAAGUCAGCACUGCAGUGGGAUUACACUAGCGGGACGAGUCCAGUGAUUCAGCUUGCAGUAAAAGCCUCCUGUCAGGAAAACUCAAUUAAUAUACAGGUGCGCCAUUGUUUACUAUUUCUGGGGCAUAGAUCCCCAUUUAUACAAAAGGAGGAAUUGACAUUUUCCAGUUAUCCUUCAAGAUAAUUUGAUGUGUAUUACUGUAUUGUAUCAUACAUUAUUAUAUUCUGCUUGUUUGUUAAGUAGCAUAAAAGAGGCAAAAACCAAACAGAAUGUGAUCUGUCUGUCAGCAAGAGGACACUUAACUCAAUGCUGACAACGUAGUAGCUACUACAAGGCAACACUUACAUUUACCAACUCAUCAAGAUCAAAGAUUUGGCCCACCUUGUGUCUGGAUAAUUGUAGAAGCAGACGGGCUUUGUUCCCUUUCUGGGAAUGAAGGGAUGCCUUGUAGAGACAGGAUGUGGGUGGAAGAAUGUCCUGUUGGGACAACAUUACCCCUCGGUGUGCAGGGUGGCACAGAGGACCAGACUUGGAGUGGAAAACUGGCCCUGAACUCAACCUAAUCCAAAAAAGCCCUGUAAUGCCCACCUCUGCAUGUGUCCCUCUCUAGAGGACUAGCAUUGAUGCCCCUGCUCAACUCAAUUAGCAAAUGACAGCUGAACAAGCUUCUGUAAUUGUGCCAAAAAUGGACAGAAAUUGAAGAUUGAAGAAUCAUUUCAACCGAACAUUCAACUAAGGACUCUCCUCCCAUUGAGCUCAAGGCCAUUUUACAUCAUCGUGGUAACCUGGAAGCAUUUCCACAUGGAAGGUGUGUGAACCACUUCCCCCCUACAGUAGGAAAGAUCAGCCAUACAAUCAAACAUUAUUGGGUCUUGUUAUAUGAAUGUCUUGCUCCUGUAUUUAAAGUGCAAAUGAGCUUUUUCCAGUCACUCUGCUGUCAGUUGUAUCAUCAAUGUGUUGUAGUUUACCAAACAUGGUACUGUAUCCAUUUCGUCAUCACAUCUCAAACUCCCGAACCAGCUGUAUGUACAAUAUUGUACAAUAUUACUCUUGUGCUGUUUUGUGUUGCUUGUUUCACAAUCACUUGCUGAUGCUGGACCUAUAAAGUCUCUGUCCUCAGGUAAACACAGCUGACGAACGUCUGGCUUUUAAAGGAAGAAAUAAAUAGAGUAUAUGA